AUGCAUAUGUUGCAAUGGAUCUCGCUCUUCUACUCUUUGCUUGGAUGUUACCAUCUGGCCAUUGCUAAACAAAGUGAUCUCGCUCUUCGCAUCCCAAGUUUGGAGGCACGGCAGACCUCCACAGUACCCAGUGUCCCCAGCCAAUGCGAAUCAGUAUGUGACCCGGUCAACACCGUGCUAGAGUCUGGCUGUACGCCGUCCCAGUGUUAUUGCACGACCUCUUUCGAAUCGGGCAUAUACGAUUGUUUCGUAUGCGUCGGUACAGCGACAAAUACGACAGAUUACACGCAGGAACAGCAAGAAUUAGACACAAUUGUCCAACUAUGUGCUGCAAAUGGGGUUACCCUUCCUGAGCUCACUUUUCCUGGAUCAUCAUCAUCGACCUCGUCAUCGAGCACCAGACAGCAGACAGUCAUCACAUCAUUGACUGCGACGUUGUCCUCUCCCGUCACAACCCCAUCCUCACAGAUCAUGGUCACGAGUCUGGCCACCAGUAUACCAUCGCCCUCAUCGAGCCAGACCAGCGGGGCGAAAGCAGGCCUACGAGGAGUGGCUGGGGCUUUGUUGAGUGGGAUUGUCACGUUUGUGGCCUUUCUGGUGAUGGCUUAAGAGGCGCCCUUGAGACUCUCAGUUUUGACGGACACAAUCCAGUUAAGUGCAUGUAUAUAAGUGAGAGAUGUGGAGUUUCGCCGGGUGUGAAUCCACUUGAUUUCAUGUAUGUAGGCGAAAUUAAAGAUGUGGACGAUGUU